AUGUUAAAUAAUAUUGGAUAUUUAGCAUAUAUAUCAACAGUUGGAAUAUUAUUGUUGUUGAGUCCAUCUUAUUUUAUAAAAAAGGUAGAUAAUGAAUAGGAAUAGUCAUUUAUUAAUACAUAAUUAUCCGUAUUGCUCUAGACAGAAUUAGUAAUUAAAUAAUAAUAUUUAUUAGGGAUUAAGAAUGUGUGGUUUAUAUCAUUUAAUAUUAUUGGCUGCAUAAAUAUUAAAAUAAGAAAAAGUGAAAUUAAUUUGUUUAAAUGUUUAUGCAUUAUUUUUGAUAUCAUUGAUAGGAGGUUUAUGUUUUGAUGGAGUAGGACAAAUCUAAUCUGAGAGAUUAGAAAGGUAUAUAAAACAUAUAAAUUUAGAUUUGGAUUUUAAGCAGGAAUAUUUAGUUUUAUACUUUUUAAUAAUUGGCCGAAUAAUCAAUAGAAGUAAGAAUCAAAGAAAGACUCUAAAGUAAUAUAAGAAUAAAGUGAGACAUCAUAAACAAUUUAGAAGAGUGAAUAAAAUAGAGUGAAGGAGAAGAGCAGUGAAGAUAAUACAGGAAAAGAAAUAAAAUAAAGUAAGAAAAAGGGUAAGGCAAAAAAUGAAUGAUAUUUUAUUAAAUAUCAAUGCCAU